AUGCUCGAACGGACUGUGCUGCCCCGUGCGCAGCUCGCCUGUCCUGUCUCGGUCAGCCCUCUUAGCUGCGGCCUGCCUGCCGUCGAGCGCUGCAGAGAAUCCUGCAGACCGCCGACGAGAACGACCUCUCUUCUCCACACUCUGCCAGACGGCCAGGCCACACAGACAAUCCAACCGCCAACCGCCAUCCGCCAUCCGCCAACCGCCAACCGCCAACAGCCAGCACCCAUCGCCGUGAGCUCUGCCCUCUCUGCCUCCGUUUGUCCACGCAUUGGCUCGGUCGGUCUUCCUGGUCCUGGAGCUGCAGCCAUCCAUCCACCAUCAGUGCACCAGCAUCCCUACUGCACGGCCCGCCAUUGCAACCGCUCUUGUCCACCCAGCACAACAACUCGACAGCACAUGCUUCGCUCCUCCCAACCCUCCGCUAUUCUUCCUGGCUGCCAUCCGUCCCCUUCGUCCUUGAGCGUGUUUUGA